CAUCGGAAUGCAUGGUUACAAAAGAAACGGUGUCGUUUGCGUGGAGUGGGGGCUGGGGGAGCGUGAAGCGAAUGUGCCGUUUUGAAACCAAAGGACCGUAAGCGCUUCCUCUCUCCCUGCACGAGACCCUCCCGCGGGCCCGGCUGCCGCCUCUGGACUGUCCGGAGAGAACAUGGCGGCCCCCGGCGCCCGGGGCUCCAGCCUCGCGGGCCUGCUCCCGGCUCAGACAUCUCUGGAGUACGCCCUGCUCGACGCCGUCACCCAGGAGGAGAAGGACAGCUUGGUCUACCAGUAUCUGCAGAAGGUGGACGGCUGGGAGCAGGACUUGUCAGUGCCCGAGUUUCCGGAAGGAUUAGAAUGGCUGAACACUGAAGAGCCUAUUUCUGUCUACAAGGAUCUGUGUGGAAAAGUAGUCAUCCUUGAUUUCUUCACCUACUGCUGCAUAAACUGCAUUCAUCUACUGCCUGAUCUUCAUGCAUUAGAACACACAUACUCUGAUAAAGACGGUCUUCUGAUUGUUGGUGUUCACUCGGCUAAGUUCCCAAAUGAAAAAGUCCUGGAUAACAUUAAGAGCGCCGUUCUUCGAUACAACAUCACUCACCCUGUGGUUAAUGAUGCAGAUGCCAGCCUUUGGCAAGAACUAGAAGUCUCCUGCUGGCCAACUUUGGUCAUACUUGGACCUCGUGGAAAUAUGUUAUUUUCUUUAAUUGGAGAGGGACACAAAGAUAAAUUAUUUUUAUAUACUUCAAUAGCUUUAAAGUAUUAUAAAGACAGGGGACAGAUCAGAAAUAAUAAAAUUGAAAUAAAACUCUAUAAAGAUUCUUUGCCACCUUCACCAUUGCUGUUUCCUGGCAAAGUAACGGUAGACCAUGUUUCUAAUAGAUUGGUAAUAGCAGACACUGGACAUCAUAGAAUUUUGGUCGUCCUGAAGAAUGGGCAAAUUCAGUACAGCAUUGGAGGACCCAACCCUGGAAGAAAAGAUGGAGUAUUUUCAGAGUCAACUUUUAAUUCACCACAGGGGGUAGCCAUAAGGAAUAAUAUCAUAUAUGUGGCAGAUACGGAAAACCACCUUAUAAGAAAGAUUGACCUAGAAGCUGAGAUGGUGAGCACUGUAGCUGGCAUUGGGAUUCAAGGUACAGAUAAAGAAGGUGGAGCUAAAGGAGAAGAACAGCCCAUUAGUUCCCCCUGGGAUGUGGUUUGUGGGACAUCAGGUUCAGAGGUCCAAAGAGAUGACAUUCUCUGGAUAGCCAUGGCAGGGACUCAUCAGAUAUGGGCACUGCUCCUGGACAGCGGCAGACUACCAAAGAAAAAUGAGCUACCAAAAGGAACCUGCCUUCGGUUCGCCGGAAGUGGAAAUGAAGAGAACCGAAAUAAUGCGUAUCCUCACAAGGCCGGCUUCGCCCAGCCUUCAGGUCUUUCUCUGGCCUCUGAAGAGCCCUGGCGCUGCCUGUUUGUAGCAGACAGCGAGAGCAGCACCGUGAGAGCCGUGUCACUGAGGGACGGGGCGGUGAGGCACCUUGUAGGAGGAGAACGAGACCCCAUGAAUUUAUUUGCUUAUGGUGAUGUUGAUGGAGUAGGAAUCGAUGCCAAGCUUCAGCACCCACUUGGAGUAACCUGGGACAAGAAAAGGAAUUUACUUUACGUGGCAGAUUCUUAUAAUCACAAGAUUAAAGUUGUGGAUCCCAAAACAAAAAACUGCACGACAUUAGCAGGAACCGGAGACGCAAGUAACGUUAUCACUUCCAGCUUCACCGAGUCAACUUUUAAUGAACCAGGAGGCUUGUGUAUUGGAGAGAAUGGCCAGUUAUUAUAUGUAGCAGACACCAAUAAUCAUCAAAUUAAAGUGAUGGAUUUAGAAACAGAAACGAUUUCUGUGCUCCCAGUCUUCAGACCUGAAAACGCUGUUGUAGAUGGCCCAUUCCUAGGAGAAAAACAGAAGACAUUACCCAGACUACCUAAAUCUGCUCCAAACAUUCGACUUCCCCCAGUGGCUGCAUCUCCAGGACAGACUCUGCAGUUCAAGCUAAGAUUAGACCUCCCAUCGGGAACAAAGUUAACCGAAGGAGUACCCAGUUGUUGGUUUCUAACAGCUGAAGGCAACGAAUGGCUUCUUCGAGGACAGAUACCCUCUGGAGUAAUCGAGAGCAUUUCCAGUCAACCAGCCAUCUCACUGCAGAUCCCUGGAGAUUGCCUAUCACUUGAAGCCAUUCUAUCUAUCAGCGUAUUUCUUUAUUACUGUAGCACAGACAGCAACGCCUGUAUGAUGAAGGGAAUUAUGUUCAGUCAGCCUUUACAAAUAACCAGUGCACAACCAGGGUGCAUAGCUCCAGUAGAGCUCAAGUAUGUAUUUUAGCAAGCCAGCCAGCUACCCAGUCACCAUAGCCCCUGGCCUCCACCCUCCCAGUCACUGUACCUUACGAAAAGCAGCUUUAUUUCUGCCUCUGGGUACCAGGAGACCCAUUGCUCAGUUCUAGCAACUGAUACUAAGAUAAAGCUACGCUUCAUAUUUACUUAUCUAUUAUAAACAAAUUCCUUCAUUCUGGCUGUGUACCAGCUAAAUCACUGACCAUCAUUUGAACCAUGAUUUUGUACUUUGUGCUAUUUGGCACAAAACUUAAAUCCACACUGUAGUCUAGACUAUUAUGAAGAUAAUUUGCAAUGAAUACUGAUAACAGUAAUGAAACCAAAUAUUUUAACUUUUUCUAUCUUUAUUAGUAGCGA